AUGGGCUGGGUAGGGGUCGCCGUCCUCGUUGCGACUACAUGCUUCCUACUUUACCGACAUCCGCCGGCUUCGUGGUUUCCAGAACCACCUCCUGCCGAUCAAGCCCGCCGCGAGCCCCGGCUGGAAGAAAAGGCCUUCCCUCAAGCUUCGAAAGAUGAAGAAAGACUCACAAGUCUUACAGAGGAAACGCGAAGACCAGAAGCUGAGAAUGAACCUAUAGACGACUCACAAACGACCCCUAAAGCAUCUGCUGCAACUCCGGCAAACUUAAAAAUCCCCUCCUUCCAACUCAACGACGACAAUACCAACGGCAGUGCUACCCAGAAAGCUCAGCAAGAUACACCGCGGAUAACAGCUGAACCGUCCAAGACAUCAUCCGGCACCAUCGCUCCCUCAACUCCAUCUAUACCUACCGUGGCCGAAACCAAGCCGAGCUCAACAAUGCAGAUCCCCGCCGCAAAAGAAGCCUCCCUCAUGCCCCCGCCGCCUCCUCCCUCACGGCUCCACGCUCCAGUGCCACAAAGACAGCCGCAGUCACAACAAAAGAGCACCCUCGCUCCACCAGCUGGGCGUUUCCCCCCACAGCUAGGCGGUAGGCCCAGCAGCAGCAUGCUUAGCCCGCCGCCCUCGGCGGCAGCAUCUCUCCGCGUGCCCCCAGGCGGCCGCCCCACGAGCACGAGUAGCUCGCUUGCGCCAACGAAAGUGACACUCAAACCGCCGAAAAAUGGAACCGUACGCCCAGUCCUCGAACCGGGCUUCUCACCCCUGGAUUGGGCUGCGCUUACGUCAAACCCGAACAAUAAGCUCCGCGGCGAGAACCUCCCCUCCACAUAUAUCAAAGUUACACCCUCCAUGCUCAAAGCCCAGAAUGGACGAAAGGGCACCGACGCCUGGACCUCGUACCAAGGAAAGGUUUACAACAUCACACCCUACCUCCCCUACCACCCAGGUGGGAAGGGCGAACUACUCCGUGGCGCCGGAAAGGAUUCUGGCAAGUUAUUCCUCGAGAUCCACCCCUGGGUCAACUGGGAUGCUAUCCUGGGCGCGUGCUUAGUCGGGAUCUUGGUUUCGGAGAAUGAAGCUUUGGAGCCGAAUAAGCUUGACGAGAUGGAUUGA